CCUCACCGAACGUCCCGAAAGCCACAAGCCGAGUUCCUCUGCUCUGCACCCUGAAGCAGCCGAACAGAGCGACCAGUCUCCAGAGCGCUCCCCAUGGCGUCAGGAGAUGCGGCUCCCGGUGCCGUGCAGACCGUUGUGCUGAGGGUGUCCAUCCACUGCCAGGGAUGCAAGAAGAAGGUCAGAAAGGUGCUCAAGAACGUCGAAGGCGUGCACAACGUGACGGUGGACGGUGCGGCGCACAAGGUGACGGUGACCGGGACUGUGGACGCCGACACGCUCGUCAAGAGGCUCUACAAGUCCGGCAAGCAGGCCGUGCCGUGGCAGUGGCGCCCACCCGCCGCGGCGGACAAGAAGCCGGAGGCUGCCGCGGCGGAGGCGCAGCCGGCCGGUGACGGCGGCAAGGAUGCUGCUGCUGCUGCGGCGGCGGACAAGAAGCCCGAGGAGCCAGUGAAGGAGCCGCAGGCCGAGAGCUCGGAGAAGAAACCGGAGCAGGAGACGGGGGCCUCGGAGAAGAAGCCGGAUGCAGAGAAAAUAACAGAGACAGAGAAGGAGGAGGCGAAGCCGAGCGAUAAGACGAAGAAGAACGACGGCGCGAGCGAGGCGGCGGAGCCGAAGGCCAAGAACGCAGAGCCGGCGAAGGAAGCCGUAGCCCCCGCUGCCAAGGAUGUUGCCAAUGAAGAGGACGGGGCAAAGAAGAGCAAGAACAACGAGCCAAAGGGCGGCUGCGAGGCGGAACCCGCUGUCACGGUGGAGAGGUCCCUGUCAUCGCCUCCGAUGGCGGCGCCCAAGCACGCGUACGAGGAGUACAGCUACCCCUACAACGCGCCACAGCCGGUGCUGAGCUACCACAUGGCGCAGCCGAGCGCGAGCCAGUCGUACUAUGCGCCGCAGCCGCAGCCGGCGUACUCCGUGCAGCAGGCGCAGGCGCAGUCAAUGCCGGACUGGUCUCCCUCCUACCUGCACAUGCCGUACCAGCAGCACUCGGCGCCGGAGUCGUACUACCACGACUACUACAGCCCGCCUGGCACGCACGCCUCGCCGCCGCUGCAGGACUCGUACCGCAUCUUCGACGACGAAAACCCCAACUCCUGCAGCGUCAUGUGAGUUGACUGGCACGACGUGACGCCCUGGCUGCCGCCGGCCGCCGUGGCUAAAUUUGUCUUCGGAAGGAAGUAGAUGAGACGGCGGCUUCACAAUAGAGACCCCUGUGGUUGUUACUCUCUUCCACUGAGAGGUCCAACUGUCCAAGCUCUCCGUGACCGAGCCUUUCUUUUUUUAAUCACUUUUACUGUUCUAAUUAAGUAAUUAGAGCAUGUAAUUAUAAUGAGAUACGCCUUUACUUGUAGUUAUUUUUCACUUUGUCCUUAGCGGCUACUAGAAUUUUGCAUAAGCUACUACUAAAA